UACAAAAUCUUCUCAAAUAUUCACUCAUCACCAUCAAAUUCUAAUUUACUAACAAGUAUCCCGAUACCUUCACUUUUAACUCAAAACGGCCUUUUAUGUUUAUGGAUAACCAACAGUGAAAAAAUAUUUAAUUUUGCUUUAAAUUUAAUUAAAAAUUGGAAAUUGGUUUUAAUUGCAAAAUGGCAUUGGUGUGUAAAUCAGGGGAACCAAUUUGUCAAUUUAAUCCUUCCCACAAAGUCCCUUUUGAAACAAUUUUGUUUGCCUGCAAACCAGAAUAUGUUGAAGAUUAUAAAUUAAUUAGAGAUGAUUUUUGCUUAAUUAGUAUUCCAAAUGCCUAUCCUUCACGUAAACCGCCAAUAUCAAUUUUAUUGGAAAAAUUAAAUUUAAUAAAAUCUCCACAAAAUGGACUUGAAUUAUUUGGACGUUAUCUUCUUCCAAAUUUUACAACUAUUGGCUAUGAAGUUGUUAAAUUUCAAAACAAAUAUUUUUUUGAAUAGUAGAAGGUUUUUUUAUUUAAAAAAAUUAAAUUUAUAAGAGAUUUGCAAGUCGAAAACCCCUCUCGUUUUUAAAUCCAUCUUUGGGGCUGAAAAAUUCUGGGUCGUUUUGGCGUGGCAAAAAAGGGAGCGGCCCAUAAUCUUUGAAAAAAACAGUCGUGCCAAAAUGACCCCAACGUCUGAAAAAUAGUGCCUUAUAAUGAGGGUACCUUUUGGAGAAUCUCCCCAAUCUAGCGGAGCAGUUCAACCGACAAUCAGUCCUGGCCCUAUAACUCAAGUAGGGAUUGCUACUUUUUAAUUUCUUGGUACCAUUGGAGUCAGUUGAGGUGUACCCCCAAUCUAGUAAUCAACCAAAUUAAAAAAGAGGGUUUUUAUAUUUUUUAAUAAAAUUUUAGUAUAUUUUUUUCUUCUUCAUUAAAUCCUUUUUUCUUUUUAUUUUUCCCUGACUUUUUAGUUGUUGUUUUUAUUGUUGUUUCAUUUACUUUUGUAUUUGUUUUAUUUUUAUUUUCAAUCUUCUCUAUCUAUUAAAAAAUAAAUUUAAAAAAAUAUUUAUUAAAAAAAUAUUCGUUCCAAAAGAUCAACUCCAUGGAAGUGUUGAUCAAGAAUAGAGUUGAUCUUUUGGGUCGGAAUUAAAAUAAAUUUAAAAAAACCUUUGGAAUCUCCAAAUAUUUUUUAACAUUUUCUUCGUGUUCAAGUUGAUUUCUUUCAUUCACAAUUAUCGGGAAUUCAUUUUCACAAAACCCUUCCAAUUUACAUAUUUUCUCAAUACUUUUUGUUUCCAACUCUUUUAAUUUUUCCAAAUUUAUUCCAUUUUUGCAUUUUUCAAUUUCUGUUUCGUUUAAAAGUUUAGAACAAGUUUUUUGCAAUUCCUGACAAUUAAAUAUAAUUUUUAUUAAAUAAAAAAUUAUUUUAGUUGAGUGAACAGAGAAGGUGAUCUUUUGGGUCAAGUUAACUUUUAAUCUCCCUCUUUACUUUUAUCAAAAAAUUUAUAAGAAUAUCUAAUGAAUGGUGAUCUUCUGGGUUUAAUUUUAUUCUUAAUUUUCUUCCCUUCAUAUAAAAUAUUUGAAGACACGGGACGGUGAUUUUUUGGGUCGAAUUGAAUUUAAAAAUUUUCCCUCCUUCCAAAAAAGUAUAAAAUGUGGGAGGGUGAUCUUCUG